CAGAACUGUCACUGGUCCCUCGUUGCAAACUGUCAGUGACUUUGAAGCCCAUAAAACAAAAACUGAGAGGGUGCCCAAAAAGAAAAGAAAACGUUGUUGGGUGUUGUGGUUCUGCUACUGGAUCCUGACAGGGAUCAGAAGAGAGAUCUGCCAGGAGUGACCAAGCACAGGCACCUGCACGGUCUUGCUGCCAAGUGAGAGCUAUCCAAGCACCUAUUCUUUCAAAGGCUACAAAUCCAAACACAGCUGUCUGCGACCUUGGGAGACCUAAUGAGAAUCUGCAAACAAGCUUAUUCCUUGAAGAAUGCGUUCCAGAAGCAGCAACACCGAGGGCUCAGGCCCAAUGCAAUUCCCAAGACAUAGCAAAUUCCCCAUACUCCAGGACAUGAAGCACAGAGAGCAAGAAAAAGACCCCUCUAGGGAGACAGAUGGGGUCCUUCCACAUCCCCCAUCAGAGAAGUCACAUACUGGCAAAGGCCACCAAGCAGAAGACCUCUCAAGAGAUGACUUACUAUUUCUUCUCAGCAUUCUGGAGGGAGAAUUGCAGGCUCGAGAUGAAGUCAUAGGCAUUUUAAGGGCUGAGAAAAUGGACUUGGCUUUGCUGGAAGCUCAGUAUGGGUUUGUCACUCCAAAAAAGGUGUUGGAAGCUCUCCAGAGAGAUGCCUUUCAAGCAAAAUCUGCCCCCUGGCAGGAGGACAUCUAUGAGAAACCAAUGCAUGAGUUGGAUAAAGUCGUAGAAAAGCAUAAAGAAUCACACAAACGAAUCUUGGAACAACUUUUAAUGGUGGAAAAAUCCCACAGGCAAACCAUAAUGGACAUGGAGGAAGAAAAGAGAAAACACAAAGAAUACAUGGAAAAGAGCGAUGAAUUCAUAAACUUAUUGGAACUGGAAUGUGAAAGAUUAAAGAAGCUAAUUGAUCAAGAAACUAAGUCCCAGGAGAGGAAGGAACAAGAAAAAGAGAAGAGGAUCAAGGCCCUGAAAGAGGAGCUGACCAAGCUGAAGUCUUUUGCUUUGAUGGUGGUGGAUGAACAACAAAGGCUUACAGCUCAGCUUGCCCUUCAAAGACAGACAAUCCAAGAUCUGACCACAAGUGCAAAGGAAACACAUGGUAAACUAGCCCUUGUUGAAGCCAGAGCUCAGCAAGAAGAGCAGAAGGCAACCAGACUAGAAAGAGAACUGCAGGCACAGACCACAGCGUUCCACCAGAACCAAGACACAAUUAUGGCGAAGCUCACCAAUGAGGACAGUCAAAAUCGCCAACUCCGACAAAAGCUGGCAGCACUUAGCCGGCAAAUUGAUGAGUUAGAGGAGACCAACAGGUCUUUAAGAAAAGCCGAAGAGGAGCUGCAAGAUAUUAAGGAAAAAAUCAACAAGGGAGAAUGUGGAAACACUGGCAUCAUGGCUGAAGUGGAUGAGCUCAGGAAGCGUGUGCUGGAUAUGGAGGGGAAAGAUGAAGAGCUCAUAAAAAUGGAGGAACAGUGCAGGGAUCUCAAUAAAAGGCUUGAGAAAGAGACAGCACAGAGUAAAGACUUCAAACUAGAGGUUGAGAAACUCAGUAAAAGGAUUACGGAUCUGGAAAAACUAGAAGACGCUUUAGACAAAAGCAAACAAGAGUGCUACUCUCUGAAAUGCAAUUUAGAAAAAGAAAAGAUGACCACAAAGCAGUUGGCUGAAGAACUGGAGAGUUUAAACACCAGGAUCAAAGAGCUAGAAGCCAUUGAGAGUCGGCUAGAAAAGACAGAAUUCACCCUAAAGGAUGAUUUAACAAAACUGAAAACAUUAACUGUAAUGCUUGUAGAUGAACGCAAAACAAUGAGUGAAAAAUUAAAGCAAACUGAAGAUAAGUUACAAACCACUGCCUCUCAGCUCCAGGCAGAGCAAAAUAAAGUAACAACAGUGACUGAGAAGUUAAUUGAGGAAACUAAAAGGGCUCUCAAGUCCAAAACUGAUGCAGAAGAGAAGAUGUACACUGUAACUAAGGAGAGAGAUGAUCUCAGAAACAAACUCAAAGCAGAAGAGGAGAAAGGACAUGACCUAUUGUCAAAAAUGAAUAUACUGAAAAACAGACUUCAAUCACUGGAAGCAACUGAGAAAGAUUUUGUAAAAAACAAACUAAAUCAAGACUCCAGUAAGUCCACAUCAGCACUGCACCAAGAAAACAAUAAGAUUAAAGAGCUCUCUCAAGAAGUGGAAAAGCUGAAGCUGAAGCUAAAGGAUAUGAAAGCCAUUGAGGAUGACCUCAUGAAAACAGAGGAUGAGUACGAGACCUUAGAACGGAGGUAUGCUAAUGAGAGAGACAAGGCUCAGUUUCUGUCUGAAGAGCUGGAACGUGUUAAAAUGGAACUUGCCAAGUACAAGUUAGCAGAAAAGACAGAGUCCAGCCAUGAGCAAUGGCUUUUCAAGAGACUUCAAGAGGAAGAAGCAAAGUCAGGUCACCUGUCAAGAGAAGUGGAUGCAUUGAAAGAGAAAAUUCAUGAGUACAUGGCAACAGAGGACCUAAUAUGCCACCUCCAGGGAGAUCACUCAAUUCUGCAAAAGAAACUAAACCAACAAGAAAACAGAAACAGAGAUUUAGGAAGAGAGAUUGAAAACCUUACUAAAGAGCUAGAGAGGUAUAGGCAUUUUAGUAAGAGUCUCCGACCUAGUCUCAAUGGAAGAAGAAUCUCUGACCCUCAAGUAUUUUCUAAAGAAGUUCAAACAGAAGUAGUAGACAAUGAGCCACCAGACUAUAAGAGCCUCAUUCCUCUGGAACGAGCAGUCAUCAAUGGUCAACUGUAUGAGGAGAGUGAGGACCAAGAUGAGGACCCUAAUGAGGAAUCUGUGCUGUCCUUCAAAUGUAAUCCAUCUACUUCACUUCCUGUGAACAGGAAACUAUGGAUUCCUUGGAUGAAAUCGAAGGAGGGCCACCCUCAGAAUGGAAAAAUACAAACUAAGUCCAAUGGCAACUUUGUGCAACCUGGAGAUCUAGUCCUAAGUCACACACCUGGGCAGCCCCUUCACAUAAAGGUUACUCCAGACCAUGCCCAAAAUACAGCUACUCUUGAAAUCACAAGCCCAACCACAGAGAGUCCUCACUCAUAUACCAGCACAGCGGUGAUACCAAACUGUGGUACCCCAAAGCAAAGGAUUACCAUUCUCCAAAAUGCCUCCAUAACACCAGUGAAGUCCAAAACCUCUACAGAAAGCCUUGUGAACUUAGAGCAAAGCGUGCCCCCAGUUACCAUGGCAACCUUUGCCAGAGCACAGACCCCAGAGUCCUGUGGUUCUGUAACUCCAGAACGGACAAUGUCACCCAUUCAGGUUUUGGCAAUGGCUGGUUCAGCUAGUUCUCCUGAGCAGGGUCGCUCCCCAGAGCCGAUAGAAAUCAGUGCCAAGCACGCAAUUUUCAGAGUCUCCCCAGACAGGCAGUCAUCAUGGCAGUUUCAACGUUCAAACAGUAACGGUUCAAGUGUGAUAACUACUGAGGAUAAUAAAAUCCACAUUCACUUAGGAAGUCCUUACAUGCAAGCUGUCGCCAGCCCCGUGAGACCUGCCAGCCCUUCAGCACCACUGCAGGAUAACAGAACUCAAGGCUUAACUAAUGGGGCACUAAACAAAACAACCAGUAAAGUCACCAGCAGUAUUACUAUUACACCAACCACCACACCUCUUCCUCGACAAUCACAAAUUACAAUCAAAGGAGUAUACAAGCAGAGAAUUCCAACAAGGAUCCCUAAACCCAAAUCUACAGGCAUCAGUAGACUUCCCAGCAAAAUAGCCCUGGGACCUAUGGAGAAGCCUAGUCACCAAAAGGGUUGUGAGAAAUUACACAUCAUAAGAACUGUUACCUCUAACACAUUCCUCCACAUAGAAGGGAAAAGGUAAGUCAUACCUAUGUAUUGUCUGGGAAGUUUCAUCUCCAGAAAUACCUGGGGAGCUACAAUCAAUGAAAGCCAGAAGGAAUGAAGAGCCAUCUCUCCAGGAAAUGGUGAAGCAGCAAACUGUCCCACGGCUCACAGGUGGAUGGACCUGGGAAAGGGCGUGCUCAAAGGUGCAGCACUGUACAAUCUCCUACUCUGACGGUAUGAGCACAUACACACACUCACUGGUUCACAACUGCAAACCACUCAGUUCCCAAUGUCAUCUGUAAUCUAACUCAAAGCUGGGCUGUAGCAGCAGCUCAGGUCAAGACUGGAUUCACUACAACAGUUUAAGAGCUGUUUACAAACACAGAAGUAAUCUUUUAUUCUUCAGAACUUUAUCACAUAAUCACAUGGGCUAAGACAAUGGACUAGCAAGAAUUCCUAACUUAUUCAUGAAAGUAAGAUGAUUUCCACCAAUAUGGCAUAAUUAAAAUCAAACUAAAAAUCAACAUCUUUAUGCCUAUGAGAAAGUGAAGUAGUAAUUCUUAGAGAGAAACAACAGAAUUAGCAUUAGCUGAUUACAUCCUUGAUGUGGCCUGCCAUCAAUCAUUGAUAUGUGCAUGAUGAUUGCUAGCAUUCAGCCUGCUCUCCCACAUUUUUAGCAGAUUUCCCCUCCUAAAGAUGAAGCUAUGGAGUCAUUUUGAUUUGCAUAUAAGUCUUUAGCAGUGAGGCUUUCUACAGUAAUCACAGCAUAUGAGAAUCAGUGGCCACUACUACUGAGAUCUUAGAGAGAAAUGUAAAUCACUGUUUUGGCUACUCAAAAAAAGAAUAAUUUAUCAUUUCAUAAGACAUCUUUUUUCACAUUCCCUUCCCUCAAUCUCUCUCUCUCUCUCUCUCACACACACACCAAAAGAACAAGAUUCAACAAAUGUUUGGACCAGGAGAAUGGCAAUAAUAGACUACUGCUUUCAGUCAUCCACAGGUUACAUAUAGUGCCCUAGCAGUCACUGUUUUUAUCUUUCAAGGUAGUGGCACUGAAUAAAGAGAAAGGAGUGAUUAUAAUUCAGUGUGGACACUGGCACAAUGACAUUUUUUUGUUUGUUUGUUUUUUGUUUUGUUUUUUGAAACGGUUUCUCUGUAUUGUU